UAUUUUUUUUUAGGAAAUCGCGUGGUAUUUAGACCAAACGAGAAGCGAACGGAAAUUCGAGGAGGAAGAGAAAAAGGAAAAAAAAGCUCGGAAUUUUCAGUCUCCCAGGCGUGCGACGACCGGAAGGAGAGCGGAGAGGAAAGCGCGUGCCGCCGCCGGUGAGGAGUUUGAUUUGUGAGAAGGGUCGAUUAGUGGGGUGACGGAAAAGGAGUGAUUUGCGAUGGCCAGCAACGACCAUGUGGUGGUCAAUGUGGAUGGUUUGGCAAAUGCCAAGGAUGGCGGGGUUGCCGAGAGGCCGUCGGAGGCUGUGAAUGGUUCAGCAGUGGUGGCUGUGUCACCAUCCGCAGUUGUUGAUUUGGCUGAGGAGGGCGGUGGGGAGGAUGAGCCGCUCAUCCAGGCAGCAGAGUGCCGCAUAUGCCAGGAAGAAGACAGCGUCAAGAAUCUCGAGAAGCCGUGUGCUUGCAACGGCAGCCUCAAGUAUGCUCAUAGAGCUUGUGUGCAACGCUGGUGCAAUGAGAAAGGAGACACUACAUGUGAAAUUUGCCAUGAGGAAUACAAGCCUGGUUACACCGCUCCACCUCGCAUUCAACCAGAUGAGACCACCAUAGACAUCAGUGGCGAUUUAAUUAUGGAUUUGCGUGACCCAAGAAUUCUCGCUGUAGCAGCUGCCCAGCGUCGUCUUCUUGAGGCAGAGUACGAUGGUUAUGCUGGUACUGAUGCUAGUGGUGCUGCAUUCUGCCGAUCUGCUGCACUUAUUUUAAUGGCACUGUUGCUGCUGAGGCAUGCAUUGUCUAUCUCAGACAGCGAAGGAAACGAUGAUGAUGCUUCUACCAUGUUCUCACUUUUUCUGCUGCGAGCUGCUGGGUUUCUUCUGCCGUGCUAUAUCAUGGCAUGGAUGUUUAGUAUUUUGCAUCGCCGGCGUCAAAGACAGGAAGAGGCUGCAAUGGCAGCUGCAGAGGUUGCUUUCAUCCUACAGUCAGCCCGGGGACGCGCCCUUCAAUUCGCCAUCGCUCCAGACUCCCCCGCCACCCCGCAGCACGAGCCAUCGCAGCAAUAGCAAACAUAACAACCCCAGUAGUUCCUCACGACUACUGACCAUACGUUACUGGCUCGUUUUGUUGUUGAUGCCCACUUUGUACUGACUCGCCAAGGUUAAAGCCGGCUUGGCUUUUGCUUCCUGUGGCCAAGUAAAAUCAUGCAGGAUGUCAUGUCACAAUCCAAUGCAGCCGAAACUCUACCUUCUAUUCGUCUGUGUGUAUUCCAAGCAUUGAAUUUGAUGUAAAUUUAUUGUUCACAUCUUUUUGUAGCCUGACUACAACCGGUUGUUUAAGCGUGUACUGUAAUGUAGUCUUUUCCAUGGAACUAAAUAUUCGAUGGACGAACGACA